GAAUUGCACCGAUCCACCUUAAAUGGUACAGCAUCAGAAUGUAACUGAUGAGCCCUUUAAGGUGGAACGGGACAAUUGGAACAAGUAGCUGAACCCAGCUGGGUGGUUUUUGCAGGCUGCGCCGCUCAGAGGUGAACUGAGUGAAGGGCUGGACUGGCUUCCCGGACAGCAGCAGCAGCGUGUGCUACACCCAUGUCGGAGCUUUCCGCCGGUGUACUCUCACUGCAGAUCCAGGAAGCCAAACACCAAAGGCGGCUAACCAUGACCAGCACCCGCGGGCUGCGCUGAGUCCUCCUCUUUUCUCCUCCUCUCCUCUCCUCUCCUCUCCUCCUCAGCACAGAGACCCGGAGAGCAUGGAGGAGGGCGAGUGCUGGGCCGAGUGUCUGGACGUCGCUGUGCGGAUCGCUCGUACAGCGGGGCAGUUGGUCCAGGAGGCUGUGAAACAGGAGAAGAGCGUGAGCAGUAAGAGCACACCCACAGACCUGGUGACGGAGGCUGACCAGCAGGUGGAGGACCUUAUCAUCUCCACCCUCAGGGAGAGGUUCCCCUCACAUAGGUUUAUUGGAGAGGAGUCCUCUGCUGCUGGGGAGAAGUGUGUUCUGACAGAUAACCCUACAUGGAUAAUAGACCCUAUUGAUGGCACUUGUAACUUUGUUCACAGUUUCCCCAUGGUUGCUGUAAGCAUUGGCUUUGCAGUAAAGAAAGAGCUUGAGUUUGGGGUCAUAUAUCACUGUUUUGAUGGAACUUUAUAUACUGCCAGGAGAGGCCAUGGGGCAUUUUGCAAUGGUGUACGACUACAGGUUUCAAAGGAGAAGGAUAUGUCAAAGGCCCUCAUUCUGACAGAGAUUGGGGCGAAGAGAGAUCCUAACACACUGGAUAUCUUUUUGGGGAAUAUGAAGAAACUGCUGAGUGCUCCUGUCCAUGGGGUGAGAAUCAUUGGCAGCUCGACUUUAGCACUGUGUCAUAUAGCCAGCGGAGCAGCUGAGGCCUACUACCAGUACGGCCUGCACUGCUGGGACAUCGCUGCAGCCGCAGUCAUCAUCAGGGAGGCAGGCGGCUGUGUGAUCGACACCACAGGGGGUCCUUUGGAUCUCAUGUCCCGCCGUGUGGUGGCUGCUGGGUCCCAAGAGAUAGCGGAUUAUGUCGUUCAACAACUGCAGCCAAUCAGCUACGGGCGUGAUGAUCAUGACCCCUAACGCAGUGGCCUGUUCUGAGCCCUCCAACAGCAAAUCUCAGCCUUUUACCUCAGCACCCUACAAUCCUGCCAUUUCUUCUGCAGUGUCCUUUAUGCAAUUUCUGUCUAUGGGUGUUAUAUUGUUAUGUCACACCGCUGAAGUAAAACCUGAAGUAAUGCCUUGUAUUACAAGGUUUUUUGCCUGAGUAAAUACUGUGGAGUCGAAAAGUUUGAGACCACAUUGAAGUUUGAGACCACUUUUUUUUUUCUUUUUUUUUUCCCCAUUUAAACUUGGAAAUUAGCAACAGAACAUUUUAGAUUAUUAUAUUUUCAACAAAGAAAAGUUAUAGCAAUUAAAAUGAAGAAAAAAAUAUAGUGUAAAAGUUUUGUAAUAUUCUUAGAUAAAUAAUGCAAAUUUGUGAAAUUAACUUUUGAGGCUCUGAUUUUUUUUCUUCCUGUUCUACACACACAUCCCUCACAGCACUGGUGCCCCCAUGCACCUGACUGUAUGGCUGCAGGUAUGGCCCUCAAGCUCUAGCCAGAUAUCCCGCCAGGCCAGCAGUGGCAGUCCUGUGCCACUCACUGUAUGACCAGCUACUGGAUCAGUUCUGUCGUCUCCUCUGCCCACAACGGCUUUGGUGACGGGUCUCCUAAUGGCUUCCCUGCCUGCCUUCAACGGUUACACAGCUCACAUCAAAGGACCUCGGGAUGAUAACACUGUCUGAAACUGAGUGUCCCGACCAGGGUUCUCUAAUCUGAUCUCUCACUAGGGUCUACCAAUAAUUGGCAAGCUAAUGCAUCAGUGGUCAAACAAAGCAUCAACUGCAGGGCUUUCUGUUCAUUAGACCAUUCACUGGAACAUGCUACACUACCCCCUUACAAAAGUCCCAACCCCCCUAAGGACCAAAUAUCUUCAGACCGAACAGGGGGCCAUGCUGGGGUAGGCCUAGCAAAAAUUGUGGUCUUAGACUUUUGGACCCCACUGUGUAAGAGUGAAUUUGAUAUAAAUCAUUACUGGGUUGUACGUCUUUAGAACCUGGGAAGGAUUUUACUAGUACACAGUACCAACAGUGACUGUUUACUCAGAACUCCUUUGUAAUUUAAGGCAGCAACUGUACAGAAAUUCAUAAACAAUGUGGUUCUUAGUGUUGCACCAACUAAGUAACAGUGGAAGCAAAUCAUAAUGGCAUUGGAGUGAGCAUAACUGAUGAAGUAAAUUAUUGAGAGAUAGGUUAUUGUAUACAGUGUCAGAUUUACUCUAGCCGUGUUACCCAGGCAACUGUAUCAUCUGGAUAUGUUGCACCACCAACUGGGAUCAUCCAAGGAAGGGAAACAAUACAGUGGGCCCAAAAAUAUAUGCACACUUCAACCAUUUAAUCAUUGUUUAACUUUUAUGAAGUUCUUUAUUUUUUUCAUUUAAUGCUUAGCAAAAAGAUAUUUAUAUCAGACAACGUCAGCCUGAUGGUGGAUUCUUGGAGAAAAUCUAGAGAAGAAAUCCAAACAGAUUGCAAUAAGAGUUCUGUAUGAGACCGAUAUGGAAAUGUCAAAGUCUGGUUCUGUUUUUCAUAGUCAGUGAGCUUGUGUUCACUAAUGGGAUCAUGAGCUCAGAAGGGUACAAUAAUUUGCAUUUUGUAAAUAUGCAAAGAAUCAGUGCGAACAAUAACAAUCUGAAACCCAACCCAAUUAUCGAAAUAAUAAAAGAAAAUGUGGCAAAUACUUUUGGGGCAGCUGUACAUUUUGGAAUUUUUUAGACCAAAACAAAUUGGAUUAUUUUAUUGUGCAGCCUUUCUCUGUAAUGCAUAAUACAUAAAACCGUCUGGCCAUAGUUCCCCAAGAAUACAGUACAACUAUCACCAAUGUGAGCAGAUAUCACAUGGCAUGCUCUGUCGUAAACCACAGUCGUUGUGGUGCAACAUCUGCAGCAAUCCUGUUAAACAUGUAGGACUAAUGAUGUUUGGAAUCCAGACUAAAUUUGUUCUUUCUGAGUGGAAUUUGAUUUGUCUUUUCACACCUGCAAUUUGAAUGGGUUUUAUGCCGUUACCUUGUUGCAGUUACAUAGUGCAAACAUGUAAUGCUUGUAUAUAUGUGCUCACUUAUAGAAAGUUCCAAGGGUGACCAUUUGCUGUGGACAGAAGUGUUAGGCCUAGUUUCACCUGUGAUAGAACUAGUCCUAGGCCCAGUUUCCCAGAAGUUGCAUUCAAAGGGAUUGUCCAACCCAAAAUAGAAUUUAUAUGAUUUUCCGAUUGUGUGACAAACCAAAAUAACAAUUAUAAAAUCCACAUUUCUCAUCGCAUCCAUUAAUCCAAGUUUAUCUCUUGUGUUCGGAAACCAGACCCUAGACUACAUAUACAAGACAUUCAAUAGAGUCUCAAAUAACCUUGCAGUUAAGUCAUUAUCUAAAUCCAAGUAACCAGCUUUUAGUGCAGUGGAUAACACUGUUUUAGUCUAUCCAGUACUUGAGUCAUGUUCAGUGAUGAAGAGACCUUGUGGCUUUUAUUUUAAGGGAAUUCUGAAAAACAGCCAACCAGGUAUACACCGCAGUUUUAAUAUUCACAUUUUACUUUUUUAUGUUUUUCUUAUGAUGGACUACUAUACAAGUAUAGUUGUGAAAAGAAAAAAACUUUUUUGUCCUCUGGUUUGAAAGUUUUUUUUGUUUGAGUGUUUUGUUUGUUUUUUUCCUCCUACCGAGCUGGAGCUCAUUGAGUGUCAGAUCAACAUUCCUCACUGAUCCCCUCACACUGUGAGUUAUAAUAAAAACUACAGACACACUGCAA